CUCAUAUGUGAGGAAAAUCAAAUCAAUACACUGUUCUUCAAAUCACGAUGCAGCAGCAGCAGCAGCAGGAGAUGGCUAACAGAGGACCGAGCUACGGUUUAAGCCGAGAAGUGCAGGAAAAGAUUGAACAGAAAUAUGACCUGGAAUUAGAGAACAAGCUAGUGGACUGGAUUAUUGUACAGAGUGGUGAAAAGAUAGAGCAUCCACCUCCUGGAAGGCAAAAUUUUCAGAAAUGGCUAAUGGAUGGAACACUGUUGUGCAAGUUAAUAAACAGUUUACAUCCAAAGGGAAAAGAACCCAUUCCAAAGAUCUCUGAAUCAAAAAUGGCUUUCAAGCAGAUGGAACAAAUUUCUCAGUUCUUAAAAGCUGCUGAAAUCUAUGGAGUAAGAACAACAGAUAUUUUCCAGACAGUGGAUUUAUGGGAAGGGAAGGACAUGGCUGCCGUGCAGAGAACCCUAAUGUCAUUAGGCAGCUUGGCUGUCACCAAGGACGAUGGAUGUUACAGAGGGGAUCCCUCCUGGUUUCACAGGAAAGCACAGCAGAAUCGGCGAGGGUUUUCGGAAGAGCAGCUUCGUCGGGGACAGAGUGUCAUAGGCCUUCAGAUGGGUAGCAACAAAGGCGCAUCGCAGUCCGGCAUGACAGGCUAUGGGAUGCCGAGGCAGAUUAUGUAAAUGGCGGCUGUCUGUCUGUCUGUUGAGAACACACAUUCAAUGGCAUGAUCUGAUUACAAACACAUAGCUAGCUCCCUU